AUGGGAGCAUAUCCCUAUAAGCUGCAAGGCGGAGAGCUUCAUGGAUUUGCGAUGGCUGAGAUGGCCUGCAGAGAAGUAGGUGAAACCUUUUUCGGCGACGGAGGCUUUCGUGCCCUCUUGACCUCUCAUCAUCGUCCAUUAAACAGAAUCAUGCCACGCCACUUGUCCAGUCUUCCUCUCGUCAACCUACAUGGUGAUCUUCUUGCUAAGGAUUGGCAAGAUUUCCUGCAUGGACGACUGACCAAUAAUACAUUAAUUUCAAUGGAUGGAUCUAAAGAAGAAAUUUCUCCCCGAUGGUUUUUCAAAAUUAAAAUUAAGGAAAGGUAA